UAUAAUAGCAACCAAACAAAGUUGAGUAAUUAAACCCCAAAUUGAAGUAUAGUGCCUGAAACAAUCUUUUGGGUUUUUUGUAAAAGGAAGAAGAAUUUGAUUAUGGGAGCCAACUAUUCAAAUUUGGAAUAUGUUCAAAGAGCACCAAAGCCAUUAUCAUCAGUAGCUACUUCUCGAAUCCUCACCUUUCAUUCCUCUGCUAAAUGGAAGGCUCACUUUGAUGCUUCCAAACAAACAAAUAAGCUGAUGGUGAUUGACUUCACGGCAACAUGGUGUGGACCUUGCAAAUACAUGGACCCAAUUUUCAAAGAUUUUUCUGCCAAAUACACAGAGGUUGAGUUCAUUAAACUUGAUGUGGAUGAGUUAAUGGGAGUGGCCCAAGAAUUCCAGGUGCAGGCAAUGCCAACAUUCGUAUUAGUUAAGAAAGGAAAAAUUGUUGAUAAGGUGGUUGGUGCAAGAAAGGAGGAGUUGCAGAAGCUUAUUGAGAAACACAGGAAAUGAAUAAUGAUAUUAUGAUCUUACUAGUUGUUAAUGGUACCCUCAAGCAAUCAUUAUCUAUAGAACUUGUGAAAUAAUACCCCCAACUAAUUAUACUAGGUUGGUGCCCUCUAAUAGUAUUGCUUGAGCGUUACGUCAGUGUGUAAUAAUAUGUACUUAUAUGUAUGUAAAUCUACACCUUUUUUAAGUA